AUGGCGGACAUGACGGGGAAAGAAUUGAUAAGUGAGAAUUCUGAAGAAAUUGUGGAAAUGCAACCACUUCUCUCGACACCUAAUUCCACAGGUUUAUCAUCCAAUCAUUCGGAGCAACAUAUGGAAGAUAAAGUGAUGGUUGAUAUCAAACAAAUUAUAGAAGAAAGCAAAGAUGGUUGCUUGCCACCAACAUGCUGCAUCUACAGGGUGCCCCCUACGAUUCGUCAUUUAAAUGAAGAGGCUUACACUCCGAAACUUAUUUCCAUUGGCCCCUUUCAUUAUGGCCAUAAGAGGCUUCAAGAGAUGGAAGCUCACAAAAAAAUUUUCUUCAAAGCAUUCACACAAAGAGCCAAGUCACGCUUGGACGAUUUGGUUCGUUUUGUAAAACACUCAGAGCCAAAAGUUCGUGCAUCUUACUCUGAGAACAUCAAACUCAAUGAAGAAGAACUUGUGAAACUGAUAUUAGUGGAUGGUGGUUUCAUCAUUGAACUCUUCAUGAGGUAUCAUAACUUUGAUCAAGAGAUUCCUAAUGAUGCUAAGCUGUCACAACCAUGGUUGGCGAGUACUAUAAAGGACGAUUUGGUUUUACUCGAGAAUCAACUUCCUUACUUUGUUAUUGAAGAGCUAUUCAACAUAGCCUUUCCCGCUGAUCAUCAUGAUGACCUCCCUUCAUUUCUUGAUCUCUCUUAUAAGUACUUUAAAUAUUUUAACAUCCAAUACUUAAGGCCUAAUACUGAUGUUUGCAUAAAGCACUUCACAGACCUUCUUAGACUCUUUUACUUACCAACAAAACUACCCAUGAGGAAUUUAUUCACGGAGGUCAUCAGCAACUAUGUACUUUUAUAUGGUGCAAAUGAAUUACAAGAAGCAGGAGUGAAGUUGAAGGCAAGCACAAGUAAGUGUUCACUAGACUUGAAAUUUUCUGGACAUACUCUUGAGAUCUCACAAAUUUUGGUGGAAGAUAGAACAGAAAUGUUGUUUCGUAAUAUGAUAGCUCUGGAGCAAUGUCAUUAUCACAGUCAAUCUUACAUUAUUGACUAUGUUGUGUUAAUGGAUUGGCUAAUCAACACCCAUAAAGAUGUGGAUGUUCUUGUUCACAAGGAAAUAAUGGCCACCUCUGUAGGUGACGCUAACAAUGUUGUUACACUAGUCAAUGGUCUGGGCAUAAAUGUCCUUCAUUUGGGUUUCAAUUCUGAAUAUACUGAUAUAUGCCGAAGGUUGAAUGGAUUUUGUGAACAUUGGUGGCACAAGAAGAAGGUAACAUUGAGACGCGAUUAUUGUCGUACACCGUGGCAAUUUGUCGUCUCUAUUGCUGGAAUCAUCCUCGUCAUCCUCUCUGUUGUUCAGACCUUAUUUUCUAUCCUCCAAGUAGUGAAGUAG